AUGCCGACUUACGAUAUCAGAGGCAUCGAUGUCGAUUUCCCAUUCGAGGCCUACGAUUGCCAGCUCGUUUACAUGGAGAAAGUCAUCCAGUCUCUCCAGCAAAGAUCUAAUGCACUGCUGGAGAGUCCGACUGGGACUGGGAAAACCCUUUGUCUUCUCUGUGCCACAUUGGCUUGGAGGAAGAGCUUGGGGGUUUUCUCAACUGGUCCUAAUGUGAAGACGAGUCUGAUCAAUGGUGAUAAAUCAGGUGGUUCGUUGUCCCAGUCCCAGUCCCAGACCAAUGAUCAUCCUACCAUAAUAUAUGCGUCCCGCACUCACAGCCAGAUCCGGCAAGUAAUUCAGGAGUUGAAACGAAGCUCUUAUAGGCCAAAAAUGGUAGUAUUGGGGUCUCGAGAGCAACUAUGCAUUCAUGAAGACGUGAGUUUACUCCGUGGGAAAGCACAGACGAACGCCUGCCAUUUCCUCUGCAGAAAGCGUACAAAGCGUCACUGCAAACAUUAUUCUCGUACUAAUGAUUACUUGAAGAAUAAUUCUCAUCUUGGAGAUGAACCUAUUGACAUCGAGGAUUUGGUCAAUAUUGGAAUAAAAUCUGGGCCGUGCCCUUAUUACUUAUCCCGGGAUCUUCAUAAGAUUGUCGAUAUAUUUUUUGCACCCUACAACUAUCUUAUUGAUCGUGGGUUUAGAAAAUCACUACAAAUUAAUUGGAAAAACAGCAUUCUCAUAUUUGAUGAAGCUCACAACCUGGAAAGCAUAUGUGCAGAUGCAGCUUCUUUUGACUUGCCAUCUUGGCUUCUUACAGCAUGCAUUUCUGAAGCGAAAAAUUGUAUUGACCUUUCCGUACAAAGAAGGGAUGAAUCAACCGAUAAAUCAAAGAAUCCAGAUAACUUUGCAAUUCUUAGAGCACUUCUUUUGAAGCUUGAGAAGCGGAUUUCUGAAGUGCCUAUUCAAUCGAAGGAAUUGGGAUACACUAAGCCUGGAGCGUAUAUCUAUGAACUACUUGCCGAUUUAAACAUCACAUCAGAUACUGUCCCUAUGAUCAUUAAUAUAAUUGAGGAAGCUACUCUACUUAUUGAGGAAGAUAACCAGCAGAAUUCAAAACGUAAUGUCUGCCGGCUAGAGAUCAUUAGUGACAUCUUGAAUACAGUUUUCAGAGAUAUAAGCAAUGCGAAAUCGUAUCGUGUUCACGUACAGGAAGUUCAAGGAAGUGCAACAGAUGGUCUGAAGGGUAAGCCAUCUAGGACACUCAGCUGGUGGUGCUUUCAUCCUGGAAUUGCAAUGGAGGAAUUCUCCAAGAUGGAUGUGGGCUCUAUUAUAUUGACAUCUGGCACACUAUCUCCUUUAGAAUCAUUUGCACAGGAGCUAAAACUAGAAUUUCCUGUGCGGCUGGAAAAUCCUCAUGUUAUCACCCCGAAUCAGAUAUGGGCUGGAGUUGUUCCAGCUGGCCCUUCCGGUUGCUCUUUCAACUCCUCUUAUAGAACACGUGACUCAAUUGAGUAUAAGCAGGAUCUUGGAAAUGCUAUUGUCAAUUUUGCUCGAAUUGUACCUGAUGGAUUGCUUGUAUUCUUUCCUUCUUACUACCUUUUGGAUCAAUGCAUUGCGUGCUGGAAGAAUAUGAGCCAGGCCAAUUCAACUACAAUAUGGGAAAGAAUAUGCAAACACAAGAAACCUGUUGUAGAACCUAGACAAUCUUCAUUAUUUCUUUCAUCAAUUGAGGACUAUAUGACUAAGCUAAAGGACACCUCAGCUUCUGGUGCAAUAUUUUUUGCCGUUUGCCGUGGUAAGGUGAGUGAAGGAUUAGAUUUUGCCGAUCACGCUGGAAGAGCUGUAAUUGUUACUGGUAUGCCGUUUGCCACAUGGAAUGAUCCUAAGGUUCGUCUGAAACGUGAGUACUUAGAUGAACAGGCAUGUUCUCAACAGAAAGUAUGUAAGGUGCAAGUUCUGACUGGAGAAGACUGGUACAACCAACAAGCAUCACGAGCUGUGAAUCAGGCUGUUGGACGUGUAAUCCGUCAUCGUCAUGAUUAUGGAGCAAUUAUUUUUCUUGAUGAAAGGUUUGCACAGCCAAAUCGUCAAUCUCAAGUAUCUCUUUGGAUAAGGCCUCAUAUCAAGUGCUACUCCAAAUUUGGGGAAGUGGUUUCUUCGUUGACCCGUUUCUUCCGGGAUGAAAAAGCUCGGGGUCCUACAAAACUGAAUCUAUUAACAACUGAAAAAGAAGGAAAGAUAUGUGAGUCGCAAAUUCAGCAACCUUUAGACAAAUCUUAUCUGGAUAAAUGUUUCCCUGAGAAUACACAAGUGGGCCAAGACUGUCCUGUAAAGUUAUCUCCUCUUCCUGAAGCUAGAAGGAAAAAGGUGUCAAGCCUGUUGGGUGAAAUCGUCCCUGCUAAUCGCUCAUCUGUUACUUGCUGCAAGGAUCAGUCUGUGUCAUGGAAGUGCUCAAGUACCCUAUUAGGAAAUGAGAAAAAGCCUCUUACCCUUAAGAGAGAGAGUAUGCAGUAUCAAGAUAGAAACAUAAUUGAUCUUACCCUUAAGAGGGACAGUAUGCAGUAUCAAGAUAGAAACAUAAUUGAUCUUACUGGUGGAUCAAUGUUAAAAGAGAAGUGGAGUGAAGAAAUGAUAACACUGUGUUCUGCAAAGAAGUGUAAAGUAAGUGCAGAGCAUGAUGCAGCGCAACAUAUUAACAAUUCUCCUGAGCAUUCAUCUCAUACAAUGGAUUUCGAAUCACAUGGCCUUAAUUCAAUCAGAAGUGAGAGCUCACAUAGAUCUAAGUCAUCUGAUAGAGAAAGUACACAAAAUGCUCAAGGUGGUUCAAAACUGUUGCAUAAAGAUAAUGAUCCUGUGCCUUCUGGUGAUGAGGAAACGAGAGGAUCUCAAUUUCUUAUUCAGGUUAAAGAGAAACUUAGUGCUUUGGAGUAUAAAGAAUUUGUAAAUUUGAUGAAGGCACUGAAGUCCAAAGCAAUGAACAUAAGUGAAGUUUUGCAAUCAAUUGCUAGAUUGUUUUGUGGACCAGAGAGGCUUCCCCUUCUUAAAAGAUUCAAGUACUUCAUUCCUGCAAAGUAUCAUUCCAUGUAUGAUCACUAUUUUCAAACCAAUGGAUCUUCUCAGAGUGAGAUGCAUGAUAACAAGGCCGGUUUUUCUUGAGGUGAUCCCUGA